AUGGCAUCCCAAGAUUACAAAUCCCCAACCCAUAAUGACUUCAGAAGUGACACUUUCACCACCCCUUCCCCUACCAUCAUCCAAGCUGCAUCGACUUGUUCUUUAGGGGAUGAUGAUUACUACGAGGAUCCUGACACCAACGAGUUGGGGGCCUACGUUGCCGAGUUAUCUGGUAAAGAAUCCGGGCUCUAUUGCGUGUCUGGGGUGAUGUCGAACCAAAUUGGUUUGAGAAGCUUGUUGUACCAACCUCCAUACUCUAUUCUCUGUGAUAGCAGAGCCCAUGUCUACCGUUAUGAAGGGGCUGGGUUAUCAAUGCUUUCCAAUGCGAUGGUGUACCCGGUGAUCCCGUCAAAUGGACUUUACAUGACCUUGGAAGACAUCAAGAAGCACAUUGUGUUAUCUGAAGAAUACUACUUUGCUACCACAAGAGUCAUCAGUUUGGAAAACACAAUUAGUGGGGUGGUGGUGCCAAUUGAGGAAAUUGCCAGAAUUUGCGCGUGGGCUAAAACCGUUGGCGUCAAGACUCAUUUAGAUGGGGCCAGAUUGUGGAACGCCAGUGCCGCCACUGGGGUUUCGAUAAAAGAAUACUGUCAACAUUUCGACACCGUGUCUUUGUGUUUAUCUAAAGGUAUUGGGGCUCCAAUUGGGUCGGUUUUAGUUGCUGACAAAGAAACCAUUAAAAUUGGUAAGAGAUUCAGAAAACAACUCGGAGGUAAUUUGAGACAAGCUGGGGUGAUCACCUCGAUGGCCAUGGUUGCCUUGAAAAUGAAUUUCCCAAAUGCGUUGAAAUACACCCAUGAAGUCGCCAAAGAAGUUGCAGAAUUGUGUACCAAGAAUGAUAUUAAACUACUUUACCCAACAGACACCAAUUUCGUAUGGCUUGACUUUUCAGAACAACCAGAAGGAACUGCUCAGAAGUUCAACGAACUCGGAAAGAAGAACGGGAUCAGAUUAAGUGGGAACAGAAUCGGUAUACAUUAUCAAAUUUCCAAAGAAAGUGUCGAAGCUUUGAAGAGAACUAUUUUGGAACUUUACCAGAAAUAG